AUGGAGCCAGCGAUUCCAGCUGUGAAUGAGCUCUCUUCAAGCUCGUCGGAACCUGUGGAAGCUGCGGGCUCCUCGGGGCGAGGGCGGGGGCGAGGGCGAGGCCGCAGUUCAAAGAGAAGGCGUCAGUCUACCCCUAAAGCGCAGCCUGCGAUCGAUGAUGCUGCUCGUGUACAAUCCAUGCUGUCCAAAACUUGUCGCAGUAAGGGCACUUCAUCCUGCCGUGACCACUUCCGGACCAAAAAUGGUGUGCGUGAAGUGAUCAAGUUUAGAGAACAGUGGAAAGGCUUGCACAAAGUUGAUCAAGACGAAGCUUUUGAGCGAAUUCGGUCCGUUUGCCAAGAUGAACGUGGUGGAGGUCGCAAGCAGUGGCGCUUUUUAGGCACAGGGAGAUUUCAGCGGCUCAUGACGGCAGUUGAAGCAGGGGAACGAAAACCGCCUGCAGAUCUUCGCUAUUUAAGCAAGUCUGCGCAACACAUUCUCAACCCGGAGAAUGAGGAGUUGAAAUCUGGAGUGCUUUCAUUUCUUGAAAGCAUUUAUUCCUCGGUAGCCGAAACGCUGCCCGAUGUCGGUGACACUAUCACCGACAUUCUUCCGGAGGCUGAGGAGCCAGACCCAGAUGAUUUGGCUUUAACCGGCUUUAACUUUGGAUGCUGGAUUCAAAGUGAAGGGCAAGAAAAUGAGACAUGGAGUUCAGAUCGCUCCGGGGACUUGGCAGCGCUGGCCGACGAGCAAGCUUUCCGACUUUUUGGCGGCUUUGUGCAAGCCACUACAGCUUCAUGCGGUUCCGGGCAGUUUCGAGCCACCACCAAUGCGCUGAUCGCAAGUUUAGCGGGUCAUCUAGCCGCACGGCAGAUGCAGCAACGCUUGCUGUAUGAUCACCAAUGUGCCCAGUUUCGUGACAGAUGCUUGGAGAGCAGGCCCGAAUUAAUUCAGAACCAAUUCUGGCGGCGCUGCGUUGAACACCCACACGACAUCAUCCUGAGGCAGAUCUACCUGACGGAGAAGAAGCAUGGAGGCUUGAUUCGCCCGUGGCAAUGUGGCUGGAGAGCCGAUUUCGGCAUUUCGGGUAUGGUAGACCCCGAAGUUGCAGAGACGCUCAUGGAAUUGUUCUUGACGGACCCAAGGAACGUUGGAACCGAGCAAGUAGCGGCGACGGAUGUGCCUAAGGAAUUCCUCGAGAGCGAAUACAAGGAGUGCAGAGCUUUGGAAGGACACAGCGUCCAAUUGGCACAGAUGGCCACAAAGCGGCAGGUGCACUGCUUCAACCUGCUGCGCCAAACGCGCAUUUUGUCCCGCGCUGGCAUUUCUUCAGAUUGGGAUACCGCUGCCGGAGUCGCCAGGGCCUUUAGCAUCGGCCGUGCUGAAAGUUCUGCGCUGUUUCAGCUCUUGACAGACGUAUCACUAUAUUUGCAACGAAUUGUGAGCGAUCAUGACUCUACGCCAGAACCGCUGCGCAAGGCGCUGUCCUUCAAGGAAGCGACGCGGUUGCACCAGGCUACCGGGUGCUUUCUCUUCAUGCUGGAUGCGCUUCAGAAAAUUGCGCCGGCAAGCCGGUUUGGUGACAUGAAGACUUCCUUGGAGAACCAGUUCUUCAUGAAGUUCAUGGAUGGUGAUUUGGUACACUGCUUGGAAGAGCGAGUUCCGCUCAGUGCUGAUCUGACUAUGGUGUCCGCGUUCAGGCCUUUGAAAGCGCAAAUUGAGCAAGGCCGAGUUCAAGCGAUCGAGGAAGAAACUGUCAGGUUGCGAGCAGAUGUGGCCAAAGCCAACUUUGCCCAGGUCAAAACCUUGAUUGAGAGGGAUAUGCAGACCCUCAAGGACAAACUUCCAGGAGCCCAAGAUUCAGCGAGAGAAACUGCUCUGGACAUGAAGAAAGGGCGAGCUUAUGCUGCUGAGUAUAUGCAAAACAACUGCUUCAUCUCUGAUGUGGGCGAGGACAUGGAAACGGCAACGCCGACCUUCUUGCAGUUCAUGGAUGGUUUGCGGGGCAUCAGCGGAAGUGCGCAUUUUGUCGGUGAAUAUGUGCCAAAGGUUCUUGUAGUUGCGAUGGUGGUUUUUGAGCCAUACUAA